AUAAUAAUUGUCAUUUUUUUUGUGUCACCUGGAUUUAAAUUGAUUUUUUAAAUCAUCAUCAAUAAUUUUAUUACUCAAAACAAAUGGCCAAUACUAAUCAUCAUCAUCGUUUCAAAAUGAUGAUGAUGAUGAUGAUAGUGAAAUCAUCGAAAUCUUUGAUAAAACAAAAUUCAUUCGAUAUCAUUAAAUUUUCAUUAUUAUUAUUAAUGUUCAUAUUGAUCAAUCAACCUACUGGUUGCCAUUCUGGUACGGUGGAGAAAAAAAUCUAUCAUGAAAUACAAGUACAAAAUUUUUGUUUCUUACGUUUUAAUGCUACCAAUCAAAUUGGCUGCAGUGAUUCCAAAUUUGGCAAUGAAGGUUUGAUUAAAAUCAUCAAUAAUGAUAAUGAUAUGGAAGAAAUUAAAAGUGGUCAAUCAGCCUAUGUUCCUGUGAUAACUAGUAAACAAUUUAAUUUUACAACAUUGAUGGCCUUUAAAAAAUCUGAUCAUGUAGCUGGCGUUCUUGUACUAGAUUAUGGCCGACCCGCAUCUGGUUUUUCAUCCGAUCGUUCUUGUCCAAAUCAAAUGUUUGAUCUUUAUACUAAUGAUGAUAAAUAUGGAUUUUGCCGUAAGAUUCAAUGGAAUAAACCGAAUCCACAACAUUAUGAUAAUGGUUUACUUUAUGAACAUUGGCCCUUUCCAAUAUUUUUCCUACGUAAUCAAACCGAUAUUGAUUGGUUAUUGAAUAAAACUGCACAACAUCAAGAUUGGCCAAAAUUGGCUGCUGAAUUCAAAGCACCAAUGCAUGGUGCUGUUGAUUCCAUCACAUGUACUCGCCGUUCAAUACUUAGCCAGGAUUCAUGGUUUUCAUUGAUGCCCAUUUCAUUUUGUGAACCAUUGGGUGGUAUCAAUAUCUAUUCACAUACAUUCAAAUUAAAUGAUUCAGACUCUUUGCCUGAUAAUUCUGUUGUCGUUUUGGCUACACGUUUGGAUACAUUUAGUAUGUUUGAUGGAUUAGCACCGGGUGCCGAUUCCGUUAUGUCAUCUUUGAUAACAAUUAUUGCUAUUGCUGAAAUAUUGUACAGACCUGAUAUUCAAUCAAAAUUGAUCAAUAACGAUAAUAGACGAUCAUUAUUUAUUGCUUUAUUCGAUGGUGAAGCAUUUGAUUAUAUAGGCUCAAGUUCAGCUGCAUUCCAAAUGAAAGAGAAAAUUUUUCCAUUACCGAAAAAACGUUCGGAUGAAAAAUCCUUGCAAUUUGAUUUUUCGAAAAUAUUUCAAUGGAUUGAAUUUGAACAAAUUGGUCUACAUAAAAUUUCCGAAAAAUUACCACUUUAUUUGCAUAAAAAUCCUGGUACAAAUAGUAAACAAUUGAUCAAUAUAAUACAGAAUGAAAGCAAUAAAUUCAAAGAUUUACAAAUGAAUGAAACACCUGACGAAAUGCCAUUGCCACCAUCAUCUGUACAAAGUUUUCUCAAAUUGCGCAAAGAUAUUGAACACAUUGUCAUCACCAAUCAUCGUGAUGAAUUCAUCAACAAAUAUUAUAAUAGCCUUUUUGAUGAUGGUUCUGAUAUGAUGAAUUCAAUCGAAUUUAAAAAAUCAUAUUUAGACCGAAUCAAAUCUGUUGCCACGUUAUUUGCCCGUGUUGUUUAUCAAUCAAUCACUGGUCAACCGUUGGAUCUGGACAAGCAAGCCGACGAAGAAUUAAUUUCUAUGUUAAUGGAAUGUUUAUUGCACAAUUCUAAUUGUAAAUUAUUCUCCAUUAUUUUACAGCCGUCUAAUAUAACGGCCGAAUCGAAUAAUGAUGAUGGUGAUGGAAAUGGUACAAUUUAUUCGGAUUCAAAUGUAAAACAUAUUUUACCGCCAUAUCCAAGUUAUGUUAGCGUGUAUCAAGCUGAUCCACGAACAAAAAUCCUCAGACAAUAUAUUCGACGUAUUUUGAAUUAUUUUACCGGUGAAAAUAUGCAUGUAGCAUUCGAUAAAUGUGUAUCAAUGGCUAAUUCGGAUCCCUACCAUACAUAUCUGUGGCAAAUGGGUCAAUCUCUUCUUGGUGAAUGUGUUCGUUCUAAUGUAUUCACUGUGGAUUGUGUUUCACCGGCAUUUGAUGGUCAAACUUUGGAUAUACGAAAAUCUUUUGUGGAUCAUAAUGAAUAUGCAGCUUGGACUGAAAGUAAAUGGGAUGCUGUUAGCCUUAGAAUUUUUGUUCAACCAAAUCCAUUGCAACAGUAUCUCAUUGUCAUUACUGGUGUUGUCAUUUCUAUUGUUUUCGUCACAUUAUUCGUCUAUUUUAAUCGUAAUUACCAAUAUUAUUUUCGACCAAUGAAUGAUACCUGUCAGACUACUGAGAAUCUUCCCACAUGUACUGCUGAAAAUAUUACACAAACAUUCCAUGAUACUAGUGGUGAUAAUCGAAACGUUGUACAAUCAUCAGAAUUGAAUAUAGAUGUAAAUGCAAUUAUCGAUUCAGGUGAUAAUCGUGAUCCAACAAUAGCCUGAAUUUUUGAUGGAAAUAUCACUAUUUUUCAAUUGAUUAAUUAUUAUAAUAAUUUAAUUUUCUCUGGUC